UUCUUGUCGAUAUUGUUCUUUCCGAGCUUUGUCCUGGGCCGAACGGCGAGAAAACGCUCUUCAUCGGCGGUCUCGUAGCCUUUUUCGCACCCGGUGUCGAGGGAAAGCGCGCGAGAGACGGGGAGAGUGGGAGAUGAAGUGGGCUUUUGGGCUUUGUUUACACUGGCUCGCGGUGGGGGGACGAGGCCGUCGCGGCGCUUUUCAAGGCUUGGGGCGGCGAGAACACGACCCGAGUGGGCCAAAGAGCUAUUUUCCGGUGGUCGAACGCUUCCCCGAACCAUCCAACGACCCUCGAGUGCACCAUGACCCGGAGGAGGGGCGCUAGGGAGGCAGAAAUAGGCUGUGGUUGGUGACAGGACGAGGGCGGAGGCAAGGGUCGUGUCCCCGAACUCUUAUCGGAAAAGCAGCAGAAAGAGAGCACAGGACCAACGGGGAGUGAAAGUGACACAGGGGACGGAGAAUUUGAGCCCACGGCAGAGAUGCUAGUAGAUGAUUUCGAUGAUGAAAGAACGCUAGAUGAAGAGGAGGAUAUGGAAGAGGGUAGUGAUAGGGAGGAAGAGAUCGAUACCCUGCAGAAGGUGGGUGGCGUUGCUAACCUGCAGAAGGAACAGGACAUGCCCAUAGAGCAGUUGCUAGCCAUGUAUGGGGGAUAUCCACCAGAGGAGGGGGAGGAGGUUGAGGCGGAGACUGAAGAACAGGCGAAUGGUGAGGGAGAGGCCAUUCAGGCAGAGAACGAGAACGAGAACAGCAAUGAAGUAGAAAUCGAGAAUGUCGUCGAAGCAGAAAAUGAAGUGGAAGAGCAGGAGGAACCCGAAGUUAUAUCUUCGCGGUCCUCCACCUCAGAGGAAAAUGUAAAUAAUCAUGAUAAGGAGGUUAAACCAGAAGUAAAGCCUGAAAGAAAAAGGAGAGAGAAAACUUCGGAACUAGCACAGCUUUAUGCCGACAUGGACACCAAUGGUGACACACCCACGACAUCCUCAUCACGAUCGCUAAGAUGCCACAAACCUGUUGGGAUACUCUCGACUGUUGGGUCAAGACAGCAGAGUGAGGAUGAGGAGGAAGAGGAAGGCGAGUACUCUGGGGAAGAGGAAGAUUGGCACAAAACAAUCAUGAUUGGUGCGUCGUACCAGGCACAAGUACCGGAGGGCCUCCAAGCAUAUGGUGCGACACCACCUUAUGAGAAUGAAGAUAAACUACUAUGGGAGCCUGGCAAAUUGAGUCCUAAACAGGUACAUGACGGGGAGCAAUUGUUCCUAGAUGACGAAUCUCGUCUUGUGUGCUCUCAGGUGGAAGAAUACCUGCGUGCGUUAAGCCACCCCCCUCCUGGGUCUCAGGGCGUUGCUGCCAUUCCUCUUGGGAAACACGUUCGGGAUGAUGAGCAGGCUUUGUAUUUGUUACUACAGUGCGGGUAUAAUGUAGAAGAAGCCUUACGGAGGCACAGAAUGAACCCCACUCCACUUGCCUCUACAAUGACUCUUUGGUCUGAAGAGGAGUGUAGAAAUUUCGAAAAUGGCCUUAAAACAUAUGGUAAAGAUUUCCACCUAAUACAGCAAAAUAAGGUGCGAACGAGAUCUGUUGGGGAGUUGGUCCAGUUUUACUACCUCUGGAAGAAGACUGAAAGACAUGACUUGUUCGCAACGAAAACUAGAAUUGAAAAGAAGAAAUAUAUAGUUCAUCCUGGCACUACUGACUACAUGGACCGGUUCCUUGAUGAGGGAGAGGGAGGUGGAGUUCCAGCGUCGUGGCGUGACAAUCGUUCCUCAUCUCCCAGUCUUCAUGCCCUGCUGUAUGGAAAGCCUCCUCCAGGAAGCAAUGCAGCUUCAGUGGGAGCUGGAGGAGGGAACUCUGUAGCCUCUGCUCCUGCAGCACAGCCCACCCCACCCACUUCAACUGCAGAAGCUAAUCUCAGCAACAGCAGCACUACCACCAAGAAAGAUGGUGAGCCAGCAGUUAUUUAUCAACUCAACCAAAUGGAAGAUUUAGCCCGUCACCUAGACAGUGAUUCGCUUGAGUCUUUAGCCAAAAUGACUUCGUCAAAUGCCUCAGUAUCUAUUGCCAAAUCUGGCAAGAGAACCAGUAGUCCACGUCCUAUGGACGUGGAUCUCUCUAUAUCACGUACCUCUGUGUUAAACUCUCAACCAAUUAGUGCAGAGGCUAAAAAUAUAGCAAAGGCAGAAACUGUUGCACAGUGAAAUAUAGUGUAUACCUUUUUUAUGAGUGUGUGUUGUGGUGGUUGUGAACAAGUGUUCGGUUACCAGUGCUACCACCCCAGAAAAUGACCAGAGAGGACACCACAAGUCUAUCUGUCUUGUAUCCUGUGUCAUUAAAAAAAUAAACAUGGAACCAAUGCCUCUCCCAUUUAGUGGGAAGGUUUAGGGUAUGUGAGACUAGAAACGAACGUAUAGAGUCAGUGUAUGGUACCUUGAUUUUUUUUUUUUAAGAAAGUGACUAUCAUUCUUUUCUGGAAAAUUUGGUCAUUCUGAUUUCUUCUAUAAUUACCAAGUUAAAAAUAGGUAAAUCCCAGUUCAUGAUAUGACCAAUAAUCCUGUAUAACACUAGUAGGAAUAACUAGUGUUUUAUUUUAAGAAAUGGAUGUACCCUAAACUUGGGGAAAGUGUCAGAACUAGAAUAUUUUUUUAUCUGUUAGAUUCCCUCUGCAUAUGACUGUGCAAAGGGGUGAACAUUACAUUAGAUUAUGUUCUGUACUGACAAAGUCUACAAGUGUUUUGUUUAAUUUGGUUGGCAUUACAGAAAAAUACCAGUGCAAAAGUGUUACAAAUUGUAGAAACAUUAUUCAUACAUAGAGACUAAAAGAGGGACAUGCAAGGAGUUUGAAGCAUGUAAUGGCUCAGGCAGUGAAAAGAUUAUGUACUGGUCAUGCUUACCAGGCAGGUUGCUAUGGGUCCUAAUCUUCCGAGUUCAAUAUAAACUACAAUUAUAUUUUUUACAAGACAUUAUAUUCUAAGGUGAUACAACUGAGUAGGUGACAUACAUGAGCAAUCUGUCCUCUAGCGGGGUCAGUUUGCACCUCCAAGUGAUAAUCUAUUACCUUUUGUGGUCUAGUUGUAUAUUUGUGUUUUGAUUUUUUUUUUGUUAAUCUCAUGAAUUUAGAUCUAUCAUAGAAUGAACAACAUAUUUAUUUAUGUUUCCUUUCAGUAUUUUCCUAACAGACUGGUAGUUUCAUUUUGCUUGACUCAUUUAUUUGAUGAAAAUUGGACACAUUUUCUUAUUCUUCCUCAUAUUUUCCAUUUAUUUUGAUACUAUUUUCUUCCCAAAAGAUUCCUUUGACAUUGGCCUUCUAUCUUAGUAUAAAAUUAUUUGAUUUAAAGUCUUGAGAACUGCUUCAUUCAUGGGUGGAAAGACUUUGGCCACACACUUCUUUAUUGGUUAAAUGUAUCAACAGUUGUGUUUGGCCACUAGGCUUUUAAGAUUGUAUACUCUCUGUAUACAUUUCUGUGUACUAAUAAUUAGUAUUUACAGAAUAUGUACUCUAACAGUACAAAAAGUUAUAAACUAUUGGCCAAAUGAAAUUAAUUUUUAUCAAUCAAAUGUUACAGCUUUAUAGCAUUUUCAAAAUCACCAAUCUCUAUUUACCAUAUGAAUACAAGCAAGGGAGUAGUUUCUUGUAAUUUUAACUACCUGUUCUCUUUUUAAUUUAUAGGAAAAUAGAAUAUUUUAUUGUAAAUAAAGAAUACUUCUUGUA